AUGAUGAGCCAACUACUGAAAUAUAUCCUCACUCACGAGGAAGCAUUCCGAAGAAACCGUUUACCCUCUCUCUACUCCGACUUCACACCUCAGAAGAAGACAAACCCCGACGGCUACUCUGUUAACGUCGCCGCAUGGGAACAAGCACUCAACCGUGCCGCAAAGCGCGGCUAUACCUCCUCACGCGGUGUGCGGGUACGUUCCGGCUCGACCACAUCGGCUAAGAGCGGAACAACACCCGUGAAACGAAAGAAGACAGACCACCUUAUUCUGCGAACGGAUGAGUCGCUGCUCCGGGAUUUAGAGAGUCCGGAGUGGGGGAGGCCCGUAGCUCUGGGUACUGUAUUUGACGAGGCAGUGCGCAAUAAUUCGAUGAUUCCCUUGCCAGUUUACAAGACCACUGCUGGCCUUUUGCAAAAGAAAAGUCAGUGGAGGCUAAUUGAUCCCGGGGUUCUCAGUCCUUGGAAUGUCAUGAGCUGGGGAGCUCGGCAGCUCAAGGGCUUUGUUGUAGGUUCUGAGAGCGAUUCGGCACCGAAGCUGCAGGUGCAGGAGUUGGUCUUGGUAGAGAACCUACAGGAAGCGGCAGACCUAGCAGUCAAGAAAGCCACAGGCAGCAACCCAUCCAAGCUUGACCUUAUCUACUCCAGGGAAAGCUUUGUUGAAGAGUUCGCGGCCAUACUGAAUGAUGCUACGGAAUUAUCAGAUGCAGAUUUUGAUGUCUUAUUGCUUUAUUUAUCCCGCGAUAGAGGUGCCAUUGCAUAUGACGGCAAGACAAUCAAGUUCAAAUCAGUAGAUGAAUCGGCGGAGAUCACCCAACAGGACACAACCAUUGCAUCCAUCAAGACGUUGGUGUCGACUAUGUCGAAACAGGUCACGAACCUGGAAGAAAAGAUCGCCGAGCUGACUAUGUCUGCAAAGACAGCCUUGGCGAACAAGAAUCGCAUUUCAGCGCUGUCCGCUGUGCGUUCCAAGAAGAUGGCUGAACACAACCUCCAGCAGAGGUUUAAUACCCUCAUGCAGCUCGAGGAGGUUUAUUCAAAGAUCGAGCAAGCUGCUGGCCAGGUGGACAUGGUGCAGGUCAUGCAGGCAAGCACUGGUGUGCUUCGCGGUCUGCAUACUCAGAUCGGCGGCGCCGAGAGGGUUGAGGACAUCGUUGAAGAACUGCGGGAGGAGAUGACCAAGGUGGAUGAGGUCGGAAGCAUCAUGAACGAGGCCGGCCCAAUUAUUGACGAGGGAGAGAUCGAUGAUGAGCUUGCGGCGAUGGAGAAGAGCGACAGAGAGGCGAGAGAGAAGGAGGAGGCAGCAGUCACCAAGAACAGGCUUGCCGAACUGGACAGUGUCAAGCAAGCUUCAGAUGAGGCCUCCCGCCGAGCACGUGCGGCCGAAGAUGCGGACUCGGCUCUUGCAGAUAACAUUAUUGACAGGCUCUCUAACAUGUCUGUCGAGGACCGCCCCAUGCAAGCAAACUGA